AUGGAGAAAUCUUUCCUGGUGCCGUGCCCCCCAUUUGAGCUUCAACUGUCUCAUUUGGAUCGCACUUUUCCGCCAACUCACUCCAAAAGAAUCUUAUGCUUCUCGCUCUCACCCGAUGUAGACCGCCAGCGAGUAGUAGACUAUCUCUACAUCGCUUUCCAUCACACCGUCCAGCGUGUUCCUUUUCUUGCUGGCUCAAUAGUGCCAUUCUCUGAAGAGGAAGGAGGCCGUCCUUGGCUUCGCAAUCUUAUACCCCAAGGAAACGCGAGAUUGGAAAUCAAAGACUUAUCGAGCGAGCUCAGUUUUGCUGAACUCGAAAAGUCAAAUUUCUCUCAGAACCUUCUAGACACUGAGAAGCUCUGCCCUUUACCAGAUGUUGCCUAUGUCUCAGAAGAGCCAGUACCAGUCUGCGCGUUUCAAGCAAAUUUCAUUGACGGUGGCUUGCUUCUUGUCGUGUCAAUCGUCCACAUCGCCGCCGAUGGUCGAGGAGUGACACAAGUGAUCAAUAUCUUUGCCAAUCAGCUUGUCAAAGCGCAAUCCGGCGAACUUGGCUUUCCUCUGAAACAAAGAGAGGACAUCUACCUGUCUGAUCGGACUGUUCUCGUCACAGGAAACGGAGCACAAGGAGCUAUUGAGAACCACGCUGCUUGGACCUCAGAACCUAUGAGCGCCCAUCUCCAAAUCAGAGAUGUCGAGACCUCAUGCCGGACAUUCCGCAUCAGCGCCAAAGCUCUGGUGGAACUGAAACGUGUCGCUUCCGCACCGUCUCGUGGCCCCGAUGCCUGGAUAUCGACAAAUGAUGCCAUCACAGGGUUUAUCUGGCGGAGCAUUAUGCUUGCUCGUCAUCGUGCUGGUAUUCUGGCCGAUGGAGCAAUUACACAUCUCGCCCAGCCCAUAGAUUGCCGAACCCUUCUCCGGCUUCCUGACCCGUACUUUGGUAAUGUCCUUUAUGUGACCAAGACUUCGACGCCCCUGGCGGUGAUAGCAGAUGACCAACGCGGUAUCGCAGAGGCGUCCCAUAUGGUGCGUGCUGAGAUCAGUUCCAUGACUGGGGAGAAAUUUCGAGACCUUCUCGCAUACGCGGAGCGGACCGAAAAGGAGUUUCACACGCGUGGCAAUAUUAUCGAGGACUUGGCCGCAGGGGGACUCAUGAUAACGAGCCAUUUCAAGUUUGGUCUACACGAGAUGGACUUUGGACCUAUAUUUGGUGACGGACAUAUGAAAGCUCUCCGUCUGCCAGCCACAGGAACUGUAUGUGGCGUGAUCAUUGUGAUGCCCCGGCUGGAUGAUGGGAGUUGCGAGUUCCUGAUUACCGAGGAACCAAAAACCAUCCAGUGUCUGUUGGAAGACGACGUCUUCACUCGGUUUACCAGAGAAGGGGAUGCUACAAUCUCAGCGCCCAUCGCCCAGCCCAACAACACAAAAAUACCCUCAACGUUGCGCGUAAGUAACGUUGAUGCGUCUCAUGUAGGAACCAUCCGAAUCAUUCAAUUAUACCGUCCUGAAACUAAAAAUGCCAUCUCCAGGCAAAUGUUGCAAGAGCUUAGCCAACAAAUCGAAGAGAUACACAGCGAGAAAUCAGCGUCUGGAACCAGAGCCCUGAUACUCGCCAGCGCAGUGGACAACGUCUUUUGCGCCGGAGCAGAUCUGAAAGAGCGAAAGAAGAUGAGCGUUUCUGAGACGCAAGAGUUCUUGGUCGCCCUGCGAGACAUGUUCUCCCGACUCGCAGCGCUUCCAAUCCCGACCAUCGCCUGCGUGUCUGGUCUGGCUCUCGGUGGUGGCUUGGAGUUGGCGCUUUGCUGCCAUCUACGUGUCUUCUCGUCCAAUGCUCGCGUAGGCUUGCCCGAGACCCGGCUAGCCAUUAUUCCUGGAGCUGGUGGUACCUACCGAUUGUCCAAGAUUGUCGGUUCCUCCAAUGCUUUGGACCUCGUCUUGACAGGGCGUCACUUGGAGGCUUCUGAAGCUGCUUCCAUGGGCCUGUGCCACCGUCUCGUCACAGCAGAUGCGGAGGGAGCCGGUCAGAGUCCUGACAAGCAGCGGGCUCUGUCUAUCGAGACCGGCAUCGCCUUGGCUCAAGAGAUAUGCAUGGGCGGACCUGUCGCUGUGCGAGCUGCUGUUAGUGCGCUUGCAGUUCCCGGCGAGGCGACGGAAAAUGCGGCCUAUGACUCUGUUCUCGAAACGAAAGAUCGCAUCGAGGCUCUACAGGCUUACAGCGAGAAGCGCAAGCCGAUUUUUACUGGAGAGUAA